AUGGCUCCAACGGCGAUCAGCGGUUUUUACACGGUGCCACUUGAGGCUAUUAAUAGCACUGGCGGUGUUAGUCUCAAGAACGGCAACACUGAUAGUAACGAUACAACGCACCUCAAUCGCCGUCAUGUUGACAAUCUUGGAACUUUGAACGGUUGCGCAUCAGCCAACGAAGUUGCGACCAAUGAAGAUACGGUUAUCAACGGAGCUUUAACCUACAGCCAACCCAAUGGUCCCUAUAAUGUUUCAUCCAACUAUAACGACCAACCUAUUGCUAUUUGUGGUAUGGCUUGCCGUCUUCCAGGUGGUUUGAAUACACCGCAACAGCUAUGGGAGUUCGUCUUAGCCAAGGGAGAUGCCCGAUCGCGAGUUCCAGAGUCCCGGUAUAACGUUGACGCCUUCUACGACCCAUCUGGUAGGCCAGGUACUGUCAAGACUGAGUAUGGCUAUUUUCUCGACUAUGACAUCAGCAAAAGUGAUGGGGCCUUUUCUAGUUUUGUGCGAGGCGCUACUGAAAGAGAAGAUCCCCAUCAGCGCCAGAUGAGCGAGGUCGCUAGAGAAUGUAUUGAGGAUGCUGGCGAGACAAAUUAUCGGGGCGGUUUGAUCGGCUGCUAUGUUGGCAGCUUUGGUGAAGACUGGUGUGAGAUGUUUGCCAAGGAUACACAACAGUACGGCUUGUACAGAGUUGCUGGAUAUGGAGAUUUCAUGCUCUCCAACAACGUUGCCUACGAGAUGGACCUUAAGGGUCCCAGUAUGACUUUGCGGACUGGUUGUUCGGCAGCGCUGGUCGGCCUGCAUGAGGCAGUCACGGCUAUUCAGAGAGGUGACUGCACAUCUGCGAUCGUUGGCGGUGUAAACCUCAUUCUGGCCCCUGGCAUGACGCAAGCAAUGACGGAGCAGGGUGUACUUUCUCCAGAUGGCUCAUGCAAGACCUUUUCAUCCGAAGCGAAUGGCUACGGUCGUGGUGAGGCUGUUUGUGCAGUUUACAUCAAGCCCUUGGAUGCCGCCCUGAGGGAUGGGAAUCCAAUUCGUGCGGUCAUCAAGGGAACUGCUACCAAUUUUGAUGGCAGGACCAACGGUAUUUCUUUGCCAAGCACCGAAGCUCAUGAGGCAUUGAUGAGACAAGCAUAUGCCCGGGCAGGUAUCACCAACUUUUCUGACACGACAUUUGUUGAGUGUCACGGCACUGGCACUCCAAUUGGAGAUCCUAUAGAAGCGGGUGCUGUGGCUCGCGUUUUUGGUGGCUCAGAGCGCGGUGUCUACAUUGGUUCUGUCAAGCCUAACCUUGGUCAUUCAGAGGGAGCUUCAGGGUUGACCUCUUUGAUCAAGACAGUCAUGGCAUUGGAGAAUCGCACAAUCCCACCUAACAUCAAGUUUACCCCUCUCAACCCCAAUAUUCCAUUUGAAGAGCGAAACAUCAAGAUUGCCAACGAGCCCACCCCUUGGCCUGAAGAUGGAUAUGAGCGAGCUAGCGUCAAUUCCUUUGGAAUUGGAGGCACCAAUGCUCAUGCCAUCCUCGAGUCGGCCAGGUCCCAGGGAGUUAAGCCCGUCAAAGUAUCUGCCAAAACGACUGAGCCUCAGCUUCUUGUGUUUUCCGCCAACUCUUCGGAAUCUCUGAAGAAGAUGACCGAGGCCUAUCAGUCAUUCAUCGUUAGCAACCCCGAGAAGCUCGAGCAAGUUGCGUACACACUGGCGAAUGGAAGAGAACACCAUGCCUACAGAUCGUUUGCUAUAACGAGCGGAGGCGGCAACUUUGUUCCGUCUCCCUCAUCCAGGGCGCCACAACAGGCUCCUAAAUUGGUCAUGGUUUUCACAGGACAGGGAGCCCAAUGGCCCGCCAUGGGCAUUGAAUUGCUCCAACAAGACAACUCAGUGUUCCAGACCACGAUUCGCAAGCUCGACGAAUAUUUACAGGAAGCUAUUGGCAGCGGAGAGUUCAGUAUUGAGGCGGAGCUUCUCAAAAGAGGAAAAAAGAGUCGUCUCGAGCUUGCCGAGGUUUCUCAACCACUUUGCACGGCUGUCCAGAUUGGUCUACUUGACAGCCUUGCCUCUGUCGGGGUCAAGCCUGACGCAGUUGUUGGCCAUUCCAGCGGCGAAAUUGCUGCUGCUUACGCGUCGGGUGCCUUGACUGCCCAAGAAGCUAUUGUUACUGCCUUCCACCGUGGCUCUGUAGCUAAACUUCAGAACAGGGCCGGUGCCAUGGCCGCUAUCGGUUUGGGCUGGGAUGACGUUAAAACCUACCUCGAGGGAACCACUGCCACAGUCGCCUGCGAGAAUUCGCCCAGCAGUGUAACCAUAUCUGGGGACACCAAAGCAGUCGAAGCAGUUGUACAGAAGAUCAAGCAGUCUCCUCCCAACGGAAAGGAGGUGUUGGCGCGCCUCUUGAAAGUCGACAAAGCGUACCAUUCAUAUCACAUGGCCGAGGUGGGUGAGCAGUACAUGGCUCUUCUAACGGGAGUUAGCGGUCGAGCCCCAAGAAAAGACUGUCUUUUCUAUAGCAGCGUAACCGGUGACUUGCUGGAUGAAGGAAAGACACUCGGCCCUUGGUAUUGGCAGAGCAACCUGGAGAAUCCUGUCCUCUUUGCCACGGCUGUUACCAAUAUUCUGCAGAACAAAGACUUGGGCAAGCCGGCAUUCCUGGAGAUUGGGCCUCACGCUGCCAUGGGUGGUCCCCUGCGACACAUUAUGGCCAAGAGUUCGGCUUCAUUACCCUACAUCUCUUCUAUGAUGCGUAACCAAGACUGUAUCGAGAGCUAUCUCUCUGCUAUCGGCAAACUGCAUCAACUUAAUUUCCCCAUUGACUUCAGGAAACUCAAACCACAGGAUGAGGCUCUCACAUAUCUUCCUGAUCUUCCCAGAUACGCCUGGGACCAUGAGGAAAGCUACUGGUACGAGUCGAGACUUGCCAAAGAAUGGCGUCAUCGCAAGUUCCCCUACCACGAACUUUUGGGGGUCCGAAUUGCUGAGAGUACUGACAUCGAACCGUCGUGGAGGAAUAUGUUCCACCUUGAGCAUUCUGCCUGGAUUCGCGAUCACGUCAUCGUUGAGGACAUUGUCUAUCCAUUCGCUGGUUACAUUGGCAUGGCUGCUGAAGCCAUCAGACAAGUCAGCGGCAUCGAAGAAGGAUUUGCGCUUCGCCACGUGGUUGUCAGUACAGCACUUGUGGUUACAGAUGACAAACCGGUUGAGCUCAUUACAACGCUUCGACCUCACCGUCUCACUGACUCACUCGACGGCCAAUGGUGGGAGUUUAGCAUAUCAUCACACAACGGCCUAGCAUGGACUAGGCACUGUGUCGGACAAGUCAAGGCGCUCGAACGAAACGGCAAGACUUCUGGCCGUGACAUUCCCAAGAUGGCACGAAAGAUAGCAUCCCGAAAGGCGUAUAACAUGAUGCAACAGGCUGGCCUCUGCUACGGUCCUAAUUUUCAGGCGCUCCAAGAGAUCAAGACCGGUACCGUUGAAUCAACAGCGGCAGCCAAGGUGUAUCGUCCCAAGUUCGACGUAGAGUCCACGAGCAAGAUGGCACGGUACCAUCUUCACCCUAUCAUCGUUGAUGCCUGCUUGCAGAUUCUCAGCUUAGCUGCCACUAAAGGUUACACCAAGAAGCAUGGCAUGGUGAUUCCCACUUUGAUUGAGGAAAUCAAGGUCUUCAGAACUGAGACCGAUGUCGACAUCUCAGCUUCAGCAAGCGUCAACGGAGUCGGCGCUAUUAUUGGCCUCGCUGAGUGCGUUGACUCCACAGGGGAGGCUGUUUUGCAGAUGAAGGGCGCCUGUUUGUCUCCCCUUCCCGGCCAAGAGACUUCUGCCGACGCCAAAGAUACGCAUCCUACCGCGCGGUAUCAAUGGGCUCCUCAAAUCGAUUUCAUGGAUGAGGCCAGCCUUAUCGACAGGAUUGAGAACGAUAGUGACCGAGCCGCCUAUAUGAAAGCCCUAGAUGACAUAACAUCCAAGUGCAUCUACUACAUCCAAGAACAACUCAAUGGCCUCCAGACGCCGGUUCCACACUUGAAAAAGUACAAUGAUUGGAUUAACCAGCGAGCCUCCAAGAGUGUUCGAGUGGAAAGCGAGGACUUGUUGAAAUCCAUCACAGACCAGGCCAUAAGUUUGAAAGAUACCCCAGCUGCAGGCGUAGCAGCCGCUAUAGUCAAGGUGGCCAACCGCAUCACAACCAUCUUCCAGGGCCAAGACAACCCUCUAGGGUUGCUCAUCGAGGACAACAGCCUCAACCAAGUGAACCUGCUCCGCGACCUUGGGUUUGACGCAUCGCGUCUGAUCCAACAGUUGGCUCACAGCAAGCCCAGCCUAAAGAUUCUGGAGCUUGGUGGCGAUACUGGAGCUCAUACUAGCGAGCUUCUUAACAGCCUGAUUCUGAAAGAUGGGCGCGUCAUGUACUCUACCUACACAUUCAGUGAUUCCUCAUCAGGCAUGGUGAGCGCCGCAAAAGAGCAGUUCAAGCUCACGCCCAACAUGCAGUUUACGACGCUGGACAUCAAUCGUGACCUCGAGGAGCAGAGUUUUGGUGACGAGCAGUACGACGUCAUCAUUGCCACGAACAUUUUGCACACAUCUGCCAUUUUGGGAGAGGGCCUAGCCAAUGUUCGCAAAUUGCUCAGACCGAGCGGUCGGCUCCUGCUCACCGAGUUCUCUUCCACCUCAAAGUGGAUGAAUCUGAUCCUGGGCCUUCUCCCCUGGUGGUGGAGUGGUGAGAAAGACGGACGGGCCGAAGAGCCUUAUGCCAACACGCAGCACUGGGAGACUGCUUUGCGAAAUGCGGGACUUGGCACAGCUGCGAUUCUUGCCGAUACGGAGCAGGAAUCGCUGCGUCGCAACAACCUCAUGAUUGUCAAGCCGAUCGACGAUAAGGGCACCGAUGUGCUGGCGGCAUCCAAUACUAUCACACUGUUGGAGCUUACCAAGAGCGAUAAGCCCAACCCCAUCGUGUCAUCCUUGGAGGCCGCUGGAUUUAAAGUGAAUAGGCGAGUUUUCGGCGAGGAUGAGGUGCCCGCGCGCGAGGACGUAAUUGCACUCCUGGACCAGGACUCGGCGUUCUUCGAUAAACUCGACACAUAUCGCUACGACGCUUUCAAGAAGCUCGUAGAGACGAUCAGCAACAGCGGUGCGCGACUGUUUUGGGUGACGCGACUCUGCCAGAUGGCUUGCGAGGACCCAGCAUAUGCCCAGGUCCUUGGAACCGCUCGCACAUUGAGGUCAGAGCUGUCUGUCCGUUUUGCAACAUGUGAAGUGGAUGAUUUUGACUCGUCGAUUGAUUCCGUCGUUGAAGUCUUUGAGAAGUUCCAGGGGAACUGCAUUGAAGGCGACGACGAGGUGGAUCCGGAUUAUGAGUACUCCAUCGUCGACAAGGUGGUACAUGUUGGCCGGUUUGCCCCGUUUUCACUUGAAGAAGAGCUGCUCUCAUCCGACGAAAGUGGCCGCGUAGUUUUGGAAACUAAGAAGCCUGGUAUUUUGGCUGCUCUAAACUGGGUUCGCCGGGAUGCUCAGAAGCUUCAAGGCGAUUUGGUCGAAGUACAGACCUAUGCUGCCGGCUUGAAUUUCAGGGACGUAUUGAGCGCCAACGGCAUCGUCGAGAUUCCCCAAGAAGGAUUCGGCCUCGAGGCAUCGGGAGUUGUCUCUGCAGUUGGACCGGAAGUCAAGGGUUUGUCCGUCGGAGACAGGGUCUUCUUGUUCAGUCGAGGCUCCUUCUCAACCUCUGUGACCAUCCCCGAGAACCUCUGCCAAAAGAUCCCUGAUGGUCUGUCGCUUGAAGACGCCGCGACUAUGCCAUGCGUCUAUGCCACGGCCAUGUACGCCUUGUUUAACGCCGGGCGCCUUCAGCGAGGACAGUCUGUCCUGAUUCACAGUGCUUGCGGUGGCGUUGGCAUCGCCGCGAUCCAGCUGGCCCGCAUGAUUGGAGCCGACAUCUACGUAACAGUAGGCAAUGAGGAAAAGGUGAAAUACUUGACGGAGACUUUCAACGUGCCCCACGACCGUAUUUUCAACUCGCGAGACAGCUCUUUUGUCGAGGGCAUCGCUGGAGCUACCCAAGGCAAGGGCAUCGACGUCGUGCUCAACUCCCUCUCAGGCGAUCUCCUCCACGCCACUUGGCGCUGUGUCGCCGAGUUCGGUACCAUGGUUGAGAUUGGAAAGAGGGAUCUGCUCGGCUUCGGCAAGCUAGAUAUGGAUGUCUUUCUGGCUAAUCGGUCCUACUGCUUUGUAGAAGCCUACGAGGCUGGCCACAUUCUUCCCAUCCGGCCCAUUGAGGUCUUCAGUGCCGCAAAAGUCCGAGAGGCGUUCCGGUACAUGCAGCAAGGUUUGCAUAUGGGCAAAAUUGUCAUUUCGAUUCGUGAUUCGAAUGACGGUGCCCUUGGGAUGGACACUAGCAAUGUGAAGAGAAAGCAGGUGGUUCACCUCGACGAAUCAGCAUCGUAUCUUUUAGUCGGUGGCCUGGGAGGCCUCGGCCGCGCUGUAUCCCGUUGGAUGGUCGAGCACAACGCACGCCAUUUAGUCUAUCUUUCCCGAAGUGCCGGAGCCAACGACGAGGACCAGCAGUUCAUCCAGGAGCUGGAGAGCAUGGGUGGCAGAGUUACGCUGGUCAAGGGCAGCGUCGUUUCGGCUGAUGAUGUUCAGAGGGCCGUCGAGGCUGCACCUAAUCUAAAAGGCAUCCUACAAAUGUCCAUGGUUCUUCGAGACCUGGCCUGGGACAAGUUGACACUAGACGAAUGGACACAGGCUGCAUCACCCAAGGUAGAAGGCACCUGGAAUCUUCACCGUGCAACGGAGAGAAUCGACCUCGACUUCUUCGUUCUCUUCUCCUCCAUCUCGGGAGUCAUCGGGCAGCCAGGUCAAGCCAACUACGCAGCAGCCAACACCUUCCUCGAUGCCUUCUCCCUCUACCGGUCCAGCAAGGGGCUACCCGUAGCCGCGGUUGACAUCGGAGCCGUUGACGACAUUGGGGUCAUUUCCAACAACGAGAACCUGCGCAGGGCGAUGCUCACGACGGGCGCCUACAUGAUCAAGGAGACGGAGCUGCUGGAAGCCGUGGGCGCAGCCAUGAUGAUGAGCCGCACCUCCACCAACGCCAACUUCGUUCUGGGCCUGGCGUCGACGAUCCCGCUCAACAGCCCGAACAACCGGGCCCUCUGGAAAAAGGACAUGCGCAUGGCGGCUUACCGGAACAUUAGCGGCGACGGGGAAGGCGGCGCAGGCGCGGGGAGCGACACGAUGAAAGCGCUGCUGGCGACAAUCAGACACGACGAGGCCGCUCUGAAAGACCCCGAGACAGCCAAGACGCUCGCUUACGAGAUCGGCAGGAAGCUGUUCAGCCUCGUCCUGCGAAGCGACGACGAGAUCCAGACGUCGGCUCGGCUUCCUUGGCGGACCUGGGCAUGGACUCGCUGGUGGCUAUCGAGAUGCAAUAGAAAACUUGACGUCCCCACUGACAAAACACCAGGCGGCGGUCACGGAUUCGGCGAGAGCAUCGCCAGGAGGUUUGCUCUCGAAGGUGCCAAGGUCCUCAUCUCGGACAUCAACGAGGCGGAUGGGAAGCGGGUGGCAGACGAUGCGCCGGACGCGAUAUCCUUCUUCAAGGCCAACGUCACCGACGCGGGUGACUGGGAGAAGCUUCUCGACACCGCGCAGUCCCGGUACGGACGGAUUGACAUUCUAGUCAACAACGCGGGCACGACCUACAAGAACAAGCCGACGGCAGAGGUGACGGAGAGCGAGUUCGACCGCGUCUUCAACGUCAACGUCAAGGGCAUCUUUCUCGGCACCAACGCCCUCAUGCCUCGUCUCAUCAAGCAGGGCGAAGGCGGCGUCAUGCUCAACAUUUCCUCGAUCGGAUCAGUGAGGCCUAGGCCCGGGCUUGUGUGGUAUAACGCAUCCAAGGGCGCCGUCUCCAAUGCGACCAAAGGCCUGGCGGCCGAGUAUGGAGGUCACCAAAUCAGAGUCAACUCCGUCUGUCCGCUGCUCAGCGGCACCGGAUUGUUCGAAUCUUUCUCGGGGUUGCCCGAUACACCGGAGAACAGGCUCAAGUUCAUUGAAAACGUUCCGCUGAAGAGGCUUUGCGAGGCAGAAGACGUCGCAAACACGUGUCUCUUCCUAGCUUCCGACGAAGGUAAGUUCAUCACGGGCAUCAACAUGGAAGUCGACGGCGGAAGAGCCAUUUGA